GGAAAGAAACCAUUCUGAAACUCUUAUCAAAUCUCAAAAUCUCUAAGCCACUUCCUUCCUCAGAGAAAACAAGUAGAGAUCAUACAUGGCUGAGUUCGUUGUCUCCUUUGCCGUGGGCAAAAUUGCUGGCCAACUUGUUGAGGAAGCUGGCUCCUUGUCAAACGUACGUGACAGAGUUGAAUGGAUUGAAGUAGAAUUAAGGCGAAUGCAAUGCUUCCUUAAAGAUGCAGAGGCAAAACAGGAUGGUGAUCAAAGAGUUAAAAACUGGGUGGCUGACAUAAGAGAUGUUGCCUAUGAUAUUGAUGAUGUUAUCGACACCUUCCUCUGCAAAACGGCACAGCAAAGGAAGGAGGGAUUCUUCAGGCUUUCUGGGAGAUACGCUUUUGUGUUGAGUGACCCAGUUGCUCACUGGAAGAUCAGCAAGAAGAUCAAUAGGAUCAUGGAGAAAAUUCAUGAAAUUACUGAUAGCAGGUCAACUUAUGGAAUUGAAAAUAUUGGGAGAGGAGGAGGGAGGAGUUUUGCUACUGACAGGCUUCAAGAGAAGAGACGUUCCUCUUCCCAUGCUUGUGAGGAGGAUGUAGUUGGUCCGUUGCAAGACAUAAGAACUCUGGAAUCCUGGCUGAUUCAUGGGGAGACACGGCUCUGUAUACUCUCAAUUGUUGGCAUGGCGGGUUUAGGUAAGACCACUCUUGCUAAGAAACUUUAUCACAGUAACGAUGUUAAGAAGAACUUUGAUUUUUGUGGAUGGGUUUAUGUUUCUCAAGAAUAUAGACCAAAAGACACCUUGCAGAAUUUGGUAAAAAGGGUCACAGGGCUCCCAAGAGCAGAGUUAGAAAAGAUGGACAAAGAGGACUUGGAGGAGGCAUUAUCGAAAUUCUUGGAGGAGAAGAAGUACUUUAUCGUUUUGGAUGAUAUAUGGAAGAAGGAAGUUUGGGAUGAUCUAAAAGCAGCCUUUCCAGACAGAAAGAAUGGAAGUAGAAUCAUUUUCACAACUCGUUUCAAAGAUGUUGCUUUACAUGCUGAUCCAAGAAGUCCACUGCAUGAACCAUGCCUUCUCAGUGAUGAGGAUGGAUGGGAAUUGCUAUCCAGGAAGGUAUGCCUAGAAUGGAAUGCAAAGACAAGUCUACCACCAUGGUCCAAGGAACUGGGAAUACAGAUAGUGAAAAGAUGUGGGGGCUUACCUCUUGCAAUUGUUGUAAUGGGAGGCCUGUUAUCGAGAAAAGAUGCGACCUUCAAUGAAUGGCUAAAAGUUCUGCAGAGUGUGCAUUGGCAGCUAGCUCAAGAUCCAACACAGUGUGCAGAAAUUUUAGCAUUGAGUUACUCAGACUUACCCUACUACUUGAAAUCAUGUUUUCUUUACUUUGGUCUCUUCCCUGAAGAUUAUGAGAUUUCUGCUAGGAGAUUAAUCUUGUUGUGGGUUGCAGAGGGGUUUGUGCAACCAAGAGGCCAAGAACCACUAGAAGAUGUUGCAGAGGAUUACUUAGAAGAACUAGUAGGAAGGAGCAUGAUUCAAGUUGCAACAAGGAAAUCUAAUGGAAGGAUCAAAACAUGUUGUGUACAUGAUCUUCUACAUGAACUCUCAGUAUCCAAAGGCAAGGAAGAUCAGUUUUUGGACAUAAUCCAUGGAGAAUUCACUGUCAGUUCCCUUACAAGAGUGCGUCGACUUGCUAUUCAUUUGGGGGUCCCUCCUACAACAAAGAACACUUCAAAAGUUCGUUCAUUGUUAUGCUUUGAUAUCUGUGAACCAAGUUUCCAAGAGUUGAGGAAAUUUAAACUUCUGCGAAUUCUUGAUUUGGAGGGUGUCUACAUUUCUAGGCUUCACUCUUCUAUAGGAAAUCUCAUCCAUUUGAGGUACUUGGGCCUGAGAGGAACUUGGUUAAAGAAGCUCCCACCAUCCAUACAGUUUCUUUUAAACUUGCAAACCCUGGAUUUGAGAUCUACUUUGCUUAAUCCCAUUCCAAUUGUCAUUUGGAAGAUGCAAAAAUUGAGACACCUGUAUUUCAAUGAGCUAGAAGAGAUGGCAGUUAACCCACCUACAGAUGCAUCCCUUGCAAACCUUCAAACAUUACAUGGAAUAUGCAUCAAUCAAACUAGUUAUGUAGAAAAUGGCUUGAGCAAGUUAACAAACCUUAGAGAAUUAGGCCUGCAUGGUGACUUACUUUUGCAUGAAGAAGCUAUAGGUAAAUGGAUUUUCAGUUCAGAGAGGCUUGAGUGCUUAAAGCUGCACACAAGAGAUGUAAUGGGAGACUUUGCUAAAAAUGCAAUACCAAAAUUGAACUUUUCUAGUCACCCGCAUCUUAUCAAGCUACAUUUGAAAGGAUUCAUGGCCAAGCUUUUUGAUGCCGAGUACUUCCCACAGAAUCUUACUGAGCUAUCCUUGAAAGGCUCAUUCCUGAUGGAAGACCCCAUGGUAAAGCUGGAGAUGCUGCAGAGCCUAAGAGUAUUAAAACUGAAACACUCAGCAUAUCUGGGGAAAGAAAUGAUUUGCUCCUGUGGGGGUUUCCCUCAGCUCCAUUUCUUGAAACUUUCUUUUCUAAAUACAGUUGAGAGAUGGAGGAUAGAAGAUGGAGCAAUGGGCAGACUCAGACAGUUAGAGAUCAUUGAGUGCAAACGGUUAAAGAUUGUUCCAAGAGGGUUGCAGCCAGUCACUACCAUUCACAAAUUGAAGCUGGGCUACAUGCCUCGUGAAUUUGAAAUGAAGGUUCAAGAACGCCAGGGGGAGAACUGGUAUAAAAUUGAACAUGUACUUCCAAUAUAAGGUGGAGAAAAAAAUUGAUGAAAUUCAGGAGGUGGGUUCGGGUUUUCUGGACACUACACAGCGUAUUCUGGAAGUUGUGGCAAAUGCACUGAAACCCGGUAUUGAUGCAGCAGGCCCGAUCUUAAAACAGGCUGGAGAACAGGCCUCAAAGAUCGCUUCUCCAGCUAUCUCUGAGGCUUCUAAGACAGCAGAAGAAGCAAUUCAAAGCUCAGGACUUGACACAGCCCCUAUUCUCAACGCUGCUAAGACGGUAACUGAGGCAGCACAACAGACCACAAAGUUGAUUCAAGAGGCAAAGCCUAUUGCUUCAUCUACUGUUGAAACGAUCUCAACAGCAGAACCCACUGUGAUAGUGGGAACUGCUGGAGCAUUAUUUGUCGCAUACCUCCUCUUUCCUCCCAUCUGGUCUGUCAUUUCUUUCAGCCUUCGCGGUUACAAAGGUGAGCUUACCCCUGCCCAAACCCUUGAUCUAGUGUCUACAAAAAAUUAUGUUAUGAUUGAUAUUCGAUCAGAGAAGGACAAGGAAAAAACUGGCAUUCCUCGCUUUCCCUCUGGAGCUAAAAACAGGAUCUUUGCAAUUCCGUUAGAAGAACUACCCAGCAAGCUGAGAGGCCUUGUCAGAAAUUCAAAGAAGGUAGAAGCCGAAAUAGUGGCUGUGAAGAUUUCAUAUCUCAAGAAAAUAAGUAAAAGCUCCAACAUUGUGAUCAUGGACUCGUACUCUGAUUCAGCCAAAAUAGUAGCAAGAGUACUCACAAGCCUUGGCUUCAAGGACUGCUGGACUGUGGCUGGGGGGUUCUCUGGAAGCAGGGGGUGGUUGCAGAGUCGUUUAGGAACAGACUAUUAUAACUUUGCUUUUGCAGAGAUUGUGUCACCAUCCCGGGUCAUCCCUGCAGCAUUAAGACGCUUUGGCACAACUGGCUCAAGAUCUGGUCAAAAGUUGCUUCCUGGGAGCUCUGAUUAACCAUCUUUACUUCUUUUGAUUGAAGAAUUCUCUUCAUAUGAAUUACUGGUUUUAUAUUAUAAUCCUUCACAACCAUCUCUUGUAAUUCUUUCACCAUGGCAAUUCAAUUCUCUUUUUUUUUUUUUU